UCAGGAGAACAUGAAACAGUACAGCAAAGGUAUAAAUGUAUAUAAAUAUAAACAUCAAACAGACUUUAAAGAAGCUGUCAAACAGAGAAGCAAAGACCAUUAUGCAUCCAUGAGUAAAGAAUCUAAAUUGGAGUUACAAGCCAUGAAUGUUGAAAGGUAUAGAAACAAUUCUCCCCAUCGUAAACGAAUAAAACUUUACCACAAGGAAUUGUAUAAUAUCAGUAUCGAUCAUGCUAUAUCUAUUAAAGAUGCUGUUGGUAAAAGAAGGAAUACUAUAUUCCUCCAAAAACACAACAUCGACUUUGUUAUCAAUCAGUUUAAGAUAAAAGUCCAGUCAGGUCCAACCUAUGUCUGUUGUGUUUGCCACAAGUUAUUGUUUAAACAUCAAGUUGUAAAAUGUAACUUAAACCAAUACAGAAAAAGUGCUUUGGCAGAAUCUGUAGCGAAGAAAUGCAUCACUUAUACAUAUGUCCACACUUGUGGAAAUUCUUGUGAAGUAAAUUGCCAUCUCCAAAAAACCACUGCAAGCAUGUUAUGGAUUUGUCACACCUGCAAUAACAAGAUUCUUAGAGGUGUAGUACCAGAAGACAGUGCUGUAAAUAAUCUCCACCCAGAUCCUAUUCCUGAAGAACUUGAUGCACUAAAUUCAUUAGAACAACAUUUGAUUGCACAACACAUUCCCUUUAUGAAGCUUUUAGCUUUACCAAAGGGAGGCCAAAACGGGGUUCAUGGGCCUGUGACAUGCGUGCCAUCAAGCAGUGAUGCUGUUUGUAAUAUUCUUCCAAGAUUAGAUGAUCAAGAUCUGAUGAUUAGAGUUAAACUAAAACGUAAACUAACAUUCAAGGGUCACUAUGAGUAUCAGUAUGUGAACACGCAAAAAGUUCAUAAUGCUCUGAACUUUUUAAAAGCCCAGAACAAGUGGUACACUGAUGUACAUAUCAACAACGAGUGGUCUAAUCCGUUGGAAAAGGUUACAAUUGAAGAGGCUGGCCAGCCCGCUUGUGGCUCUGGGCCUGGCCAGCCCGCUUGUGGCUCUGGGCCUGGCCAGCCCGCUUGUGGCGCUCUG